UGGAUUGAAAAAGAGACUAAUGGCCUUAUUAAAGAGCUUCUUACUCCCGGUGCAGUGGGCAAAACAACCAGACUUAUCUUUGCAAAUGCACUGCACUUCAAGGCUGAAUGGGAACACAAGUUUCAUGCUGGAUGUACAUCCAAUUAUAAUUUUCACCUCCUUAAUGGCACCUCAGUCGAGGUUCCCUUCAUGAUAAGCUAUGAUGACCAGUUUAUUAGAGCUUUUAAUGGUUUCAAAGUCCUCCGUCUUUCUUAUAAACAAGGCGGUGCGGAUAAAAGUUGUCAGUUCUCCAUGUACAUUUUACUUCCGGAUGCCAAAGACGGACUUUCAGCUUUAAUUGAAAAGAUGGCUUCAAAAUCGGGUUUCUUGGAAGGCAAGCUUCCUCAACGAAAAGUGCGAGUUCGUUCCUUUAUGAUUCCAAAAUUCAAUUUUUCUUUUGCAUUUGAAGCUUCUAAUGUGUUGAAGGAGUUGGGAGUGGUUUCACCUUUCUCUCAAUCGGGUGCGGACUUUACAAAAAUGGUGGACAAUCCCGUGGAUGAGCUAUACAUUGAAAGCAUGUUUCACAAAGCUUCCAUUAAUGUAAAUGAAGAAGGCACUGAAGCUGGAGCGUCCAGUUCGUGGUUGGGGCCACCAAGGUGUAUUAUGAGGGGUAUCGAAUUUAUAGCUGACCACCCUUUCCUCUUCUUGAUCAGAGAAGAUUUGACCGGAACAAUCCUCUUUGUUGGACAGUACUACUACUUAGAGUUGCAGGGAGUAAAAAUGGCGCUCGAAAAAUCAACCAGGUGCCAACAAGACGUUGCUCUCAGCUUCACAAAGCAUUUGUUCUCAAAACAAGAUUACCAGAAUGAGAACAUCAUCUUUUCACCCUUGUCUCUUCAUGUUGCUCUCAGCGUCAUCGCCGCUGGUGCACAAGGCGGCACACUUGACGAGCUUCUUUCCUUCCUCCGAUCUGACUCCGUUGACCAUCUCAACACCUUCUUCUCGAAGGUCAUCUCCGGUGUCUUCUCCGACAACGACGAUGUUGCUACUCCUCCUUCACAUCAUCUGUCAUUUGCCAAUGGAAUGUGGGUUGAUAAAUCGCUUUCCCUUACUCAUUCUUUUAAACAACUUGUGGCCACUCAUUACAAAGCCACUCUCGAUUCAGUUGAUUUUCAGAACAAGGCUGAUCAGGUGUGUGAUGAAGUGAAUUCCUGGGUUGAAAAGGAGACUAAUGGCCUUAUUAAAGAGCUUCUUUCUCGCGGUGCAGUGAACAAAGAAACCAGGCUUAUCCUUGCAAAUGCACUGCACUUCAAGGGUGAGUGGGAACACAAGUUUGAAGAUGCUUUGUAUUCACACUAUCGUGAUUUUCACCUCCUUAAUGGCACAUCGGUGAGCGUUCCCUUUAUGACACACUACCAUGAUCAGUAUAUUAGGGCUUUUGAUGGUUUCAAAGUCCUCCGUCUCUCUUAUAAACAAGGUACGGAUAAAAAAUGCCGGUUUUCCAUGUACAUUUUACUUCCGGAUGCUAGAGACGGACUUUCAGAUUUAAUUGGAAAGAUGGCUUCAGAAUCUGCCUUCUUGGAAGGCAAGCUUCCUCAGGAAAAAGUGCAAGUGAGUGACUUUAAGGUUCCGAGAUUCGAGAUUUCUUUUGAAUUUGAAGCUUCUGAUAUGCUGAAGGAGUUGGGAGUGGCUUCGCCUUUCUCUCAACGAGAUGCGGACUUUACAAAAAUGGUGGAGGUGAACUCUCCUUUGGAUGAAUUAUACGUGGAAAGCAUAUUUCAGAAAGCUUUCAUUAAGGUACAUGAAAACGGCACCGAAGCUGCGGCUGCCGCAUAUAUAAGUUUGAGAGGAGGAGGAGGUUGUACACCACCGGGUAUAGAAUUUGUAGCCGACCACCCUUUCAUAUUCUUGAUCAGAGAAGAUUUCACUGGAACCAUCCUCUUUGUUGGGCAGGUGCUCCGCCCUCUUGGUGGAGCAGAUGAAGCAACCACGCCGGUGAAGGUGGAUUUGGGAAGGAAAAAGCGGUCUGGCACGGUAGAAAAUGCUGAGAGGUUGAAGAAAAAGUCUAGUGAUUUUAAAUCAGAGAAGAAUGGGGAGAAGAAAGAUGGCGACGAUGAUCAUAAGGCUGAGGUUCCACCAAAGAGGAAGAGGACACGUAAAAAUGAUUAAGAUGACGAUGAGGGAGGAGAAGAUGAUGAGAGACCCUGUUAAGGAAAUAUUAGUAAGUUCUGUUAUUAGUUUUUCUGUUAAGUUUAGCUUUCCUUUUUCUGUUAGCAACUUGAUUUUCAGUGUGGAAUUAGUUUUUGCCUAAUGCCCUGAAAUUGUUAGUAGAUUUCUUUUGGUUUCAUUAAAUGGUUUUUUAUUAC